UUAGCUCUGUACUUUUCUUGUUUUAUUACUUGAAGUAGCAGAGUUUCACUUAAAUAUCCCAGGAACUAUGGUUAGAUCUUUAUCUACUUAUUAACCUCAUACUAAAAAGGUUGUGGCGUCAAAUUUAAGCUUCCUUUUACUGUGUUUCUAAGGUGAAAUUGUUCUCUUGGAUACUAGCAUCUGAGAUUGUAUGCUAGAAUGCCAUCGGCCACAUUCUGAUAAACCUGGCAUUACCAGGGAAGUAAAUCCAGAACACCCCGUUCUUAUCUUGGCUGUAAACAUCACCAUGCAUUUACAUUGUCGUUUAGAAUUAUUUUUCCAAGAGCAAAUAUCUGCAUUUCUUUAUCUUUUUUCUUUAUUUGAAAGGCAAGGCAUGAUCGCGAGGACAGUGUUGAAAGCUUAGCUGUAAAGGCUCAUGUUCUGUAAUGUUCAUCCACUGCAGUUUGAAGCUUACAUUUGAUAUGGAUUUGGCUGAAACUCGUGACUUGCAAUUUGCAAAUGGUUUGCAUGGUUACUUCAGUAAGGGCCAGAUGAUUCUGAGAUUCUUGAAAUUAAUCCAGCAUGUUAUGGUAGAAGGAUCAAGUUGCAAAGCCAAAAGAUUAAAAUUGUCAAGGAGAGCACCAAGAGUAAAACGAGCUAAAAAGGGACAAAACGGACCAAAUCGAGAAGAUGACACACGGGCAUCUCACACGCCCGUGGCCUUCGGGGGUGUCGACCAAGGUUUUCACGAUUCACACGGCCUGGCCAUUGAGCCCACAUGGCCGUGUGCAAUUUAACAGAUCGAACACGGCCUAGUAAAUACGUCACACGGCCGUGGCACACGGGCGUGUCCCUUUUUCAAAGAGUUGUAUUUUACACGGAAAAGGGUACUUAGGGAGGAAGAAAGCCAACCCAAAGCCUAUAUAAACACCCUAAGUGUGACCUAGAAGGAGGCCGCU